AAGAACCACAGAAGAAGAACUCCGCUCGACUGAUAGCAAGCUAGCAGCGAGAAGUUUUGCGUUUAAUUUGUGGUGAGCAUCAAAAUGCUUCUGCAGUCUGUCAGACCGUGGUUGCUUCGUUGCAGGAGUCUACCGUUGGUUUGCAGCCGAACUUACCACGCCGAUAAAGUAGCUCCAAUCGGCUCUCAGCCUGACAAACUGUCCUCUGAAUAUCAGGAGAAUUAUGACCGAAUGAAAGUGCUUGUUGAUGAACUGAGAAGCCGGGCAGAAAAGAUUAGUUUGGGUGGUGGAGAAAAAGCACGAAAACUUCAUACUUCUCGUGGGAAACUCUUGCCUAGAGAGCGUAUAGACAAGCUGCUGGAUCCAUGGAGUCCUUUUCUGGAAUUUUCCCAAUUUGCAGCUUAUGAGUUAUAUGGCACAGAGGAAGUCCCAGCAGGCGGUAUAAUUACUGGGAUUGGCCGGGUUUCUGGAGUGGAGUGUGUUAUUGUUGCAAAUGAUGCUACUGUCAAAGGGGGAACAUACUACCCAAUUACAGUAAAGAAGCAUCUUCGUGCACAAGAAAUAGCCCAGCAGAACCACUUACCGUGCAUUUAUUUGGUGGAUUCUGGAGGAGCCAAUCUGCCCAGACAGGCCGACGUCUUUCCAGACAGAGAUCACUUUGGACGCAUUUUCUUCAACCAGGCCAGGCUGUCCUCAGAGGGAAUAGCACAGAUUGCUGUUGUGAUGGGCUCCUGCACUGCUGGAGGAGCGUAUGUACCAGCCAUGGCAGAUGAGAGUAUUAUUGUGCGGAAGCAAGGAACCAUUUUUCUUGGAGGACCUCCACUGGUCAAAGCUGCCACUGGGGAAGAAGUUUCUGCAGAGGACCUUGGUGGUGCUGAUCUGCACUGCAAAAAAUCUGGCGUGACAGACCACUACGCUUUGGACGAUGACCAUGCACUCCAUUUAGCAAGAAAGGCAGUACGAAACCUCAACUACAAGCCAAAGAUUGGGGUUAAUAUAGAACCUUCUGAAGAUCCUCUCUAUCCUGCAGAUGAACUCUAUGGCAUAGUUGGAGACAACUUGAAACGCAACUUUGAUGUCAGAGAGGUCAUUGCCAGAAUCGUAGAUGGCAGUAAAUUCGAUGAAUUCAAGGCAUUCUAUGGAGACACACUUGUUACGGGAUUUUCAAGAAUAUAUGGCUACCCUGUUGGGAUCAUUGGCAACAACGGAGUCUUGUUUUCAGAGUCUGCAAAAAAGGGGACGCAUUUCAUCGAAUUAUGCUGCCAGCGAAACAUUCCGCUUAUUUUUCUCCAAAACAUAACAGGCUUCAUGGUGGGUAGAGAGUAUGAAGCAGGAGGAAUUGCCAAGGAUGGAGCCAAGAUGGUUACUGCAGUUGCCUGUGCCAAUGUACCCAAGAUUACUGUUAUCAUAGGCGGCUCCUACGGUGCAGGAAACUACGGCAUGUGCGGUCGAGCUUACAGCCCCCGGUUCCUGUACAUGUGGCCAAAUUCCCGAAUCUCUGUAAUGGGCGGCGAGCAGGCAGCUACUGUCCUGGCUACCAUCACGAAGGAUCAGAGGGCACGCGAAGGAAAGGAGUUCACAGCAGAGCAAGAAGCUGCCAUGAAGGAACCGAUCGUGCGGCGGUUCGAACAGGAAGGCAGUCCGUAUUACUCCAGUGCUAGAUAAAAUGAGAGUGACUCCUGAUGGAGCAGAUGGAUGGGCCUGUGGCUGGAUCACUAAUGGACACAGGGCACCACUUUGAGUCGAGCGCCAGCAAGGUGGAGGAGGGGCACUGGUGUGGCUGCUGUCAUUAAGGUUGAGCUAAUUAGACCUUUUUGAGCUGAAGACGGAUAACCCACUCUGAAACCUGCUCAACAAGCAGUACAAGAAGAAAUCUGCGGCAUUUCAACAAGGUCGUGAUCUUUAUGCAGGAAGGUGCUUCAGAAAAUCACUUAUCCUUUGUUGUUGAACAGUCAGGUUUGAGGUUCAGUAGCGUUUUUGGGUUGACUGACAGUAUUUGUUUUAUGGUAAAAUUAAUCACGAGAAAUAGAAUUUGCCAAAUAAUUCUGUAGUUCUUUGAGUGUAAUUUGUAUUGACGUUGUGAAAUGGGAUUCUGUUAUUUCAUAAUUGUAAAAUGUGCGAAAAUGUUGAAUAAUUUCAUAUUCACUAUUUUUUACGUAAUUACAAUCAAGUAACUUAUAAAUUUAAAUAUGUAACUUCUAAAAAUUUACUUUGAUCUCAGAUGAUGAUGGAAAAUAUGAUCACGCUCCAAGGGAAAUGCAGAUCUGACCAACUUAUUUUGAACCUCUACAAGUGUAUUAAAACAGCUAGAUGAGCGCUGGAGUGAUCCAGAGAGACCAACACAACAUCGUGACACUCUGUUAAAGUAAUUGAUUAUACAGCUAGACAAGUACUACAAGGAGCGUCGGAUAAGUGAGCUGCAAGGUGCCAUCUAAUAAUGUGAA